CUUAGGGUUUCAAAAUCCCCGCCAACUCUCUCUCUCUCUCUCUACAAUGACGGUAGAGGACCAGAGCUCGGUAACCCCUGCACCAGUUCCAACACGCGGCGUCAAAGUCGCUGAGACUGGCUCCUGCCACCCUCCAACGGCGCCGUCACCUGGUAAUCCAAACCCUACUGACACUUCUCCGCCGAAGCCAUCCAGCCCCAGAGAUUUCAUCGUUUCUGUUGCCUCCAAUAUCGCUUCCCAGUCUCUACAGAACUUCGAUCCUGGCGUUUGGGGCGUCCUUACUGCUAUUUCUAACAAUGCUCGUAAAAGGCAACAGAACAGAAGGCACUAAUGAAAAAAUGGAGAGCAUGACAUCAAUUUGGUUGAAAGAUACGAGCACAAAUGGAACUUAUCUCAACUGGGAGAGGCUUAAAAAGAAUAGUACUGCUGUCAAAGUCUGUCAUGGAGAUAUCAUAUCAUUCGCUGCUCCUCCUCAGCAUGAAAUUGCAUUUGCUUUUGUAUUUCGAGAGGUGCUCAAGUCUGCUGCUUGGCUGGAUAACGGGGCUGCUAAAAGAAAAGCAGGUAAUGUCAUGCUCUGGGGCACAAAUAUUCAUUCAAUUCAUUCUUGCAUUUUUCUUUGCACUAUGCUUCAAGAUCAGUGCUGGCUCUUUGUUGGAUAUCUGAUCAGAUGUCAG